ACGCGUAGCGUCAAGUGAUCUCAGACACCGAGCUGACCAGGCGACUACAGGUGCGCUGACUUCGUUCUUCUUAAGCCCUGGUCAAGCCGCGAAGCCUCUUGAACAGAAACGUUUCACACCAAGGAACAUGCGCACAGCAGCUUUCUGGCUUCUGGUUGCCAUUCUGGGCAUCGGAUCUUGGGCCGUAGACUACCUCGACACAUCAGAUGAAUCGGCGCAACCUAUAUACCAUCGCAACGGAGAUGCAUUGGAAAAGAUGCAUGAUGACGACGACCUAUCGUUUGAAGGCAGCGCUGAGAAAGAGUACCUCCCUUAUUAUCAUGGUGACGGCCCGCAUUCGAUCAAUCUCCACAAGCGAGAAGCUCAUUGCCGAGAAGAUGUUGAUGUAACGUAUCCACAAGAACUGAUUGACGAAGCAGAAAGGCAUGAAUACAUUAUCGAUGUAUAUACUGCUUCUCCUAGCCCCCCCAUGUCUUUUUCAUCACUGUGACGCUCAAAUUGUGUUGUAUCAGCAUUUUGGAUGUGAUCGUCGACUACGCUAUCAGCUGACUCGACAGAAUGGAUGCAAGCUCAGGGCCCUAUAGUAACUGAAUUCGCACAUGCCUCACCCGCUGACCACUUCUUCCUUCGGAGUGAAUUGCCCCUGCCACGCAUAGAGCGUUUUAACUUUGGCAUGUGACUGUUUCCGGUGCCUGGAAGUUUGUUUUCUAUAUUUGUUGCGUGACUUUAUCGCUUUCGACGCUUUCCAGACCGAAAGAAUAAACAAUCUCGUACACGAA